AAAAUUUGUUUCGUAAAUUGGAACACAAGGAAAUCCAGCGAAUAAGAGUAGAAUGAAUGCCAACAAAAAGCAGCCUACAAAAAUGUAGUUCAAGAAGAUUUUAGUUGAAGAAUCAUGUUUUGCAAAAGAUGUUUUCUUGGUUUGGUUAUACAGUUGUAUAUAGCUAUACUAAGCAGCCCCGGAACAGCCACAAAAACAGUCGGAGACUACAUAUCUUAUGACGAGAAACAUAGUUUUGAUGUCGCACUGAAAACUCUUGCAGAGAUACGGGACAAGGAAUGUUUGCCAUGUUUUUCCACAACCCAAGCCUGGCCUGGUCCAUCUGUAUCUUUUUCUAUUGAGAAAGAGAAAUUAUUCCACAAAAAAGAUUGCCGCUUCCAAGGGAAUUGUCACAGAUUUGGCAAGAAAAUUUGUUAUUCUUGGAAUAUUAUGGUCAUACUUGGACAGGAAAAAUAUUUAAUUUUCUCAAGAAUCCCCGCGAACACCGAGGACAACAAUUAUAUGAACAUUACAUGUUCAGACGCAGAGAAUUCUAAUCAAAGCAAAGGUUUCAAUGACAAACAGGAAAACUGCAGUAAUUCAUUGGCAAAAGAAAUAAGUGAUGUACAUAAUGACAACAGAAGAAACGAUCAUUCAAGCGGACUGGACAAAAAGAAGAUAGGUAAAGCUUCUCAAGGAAAACAGCCGAGAUACAAUGAAAUUACAGCAAAAGCAGCGACAGAUUUAGAAACAGGCAAUGGAAGGGAUGAUCAUUUAAAUGCCUCGGGAAUUCAGAAUAAGAUGGAUUUAGCUUCAUCAAGCCGUUCUGAUGUAGUUUUUCCUCUGUUUACCCACUUGAUUGCAGCAAUAGUGGGCGCUGGAAUUGUUUCCCUUGUACCGUUCAUCAGAAAAGUUUGCCAAAGAAGGAAUAAGUCUACAAGAAAUACUGGAAUUCUGAAUGCCUCUUAUAGUGGACAAGAUAGUAUCACAGCAAUUACGACCAAUGCCAUAUCAUAUCAUAGCGACGAAGAUGUGUACCAUGAAGUGUCCGACACAAUGCAAUCGGUGUCCAAAGAGAACAGAUCAUGCUCCCCUUCUUCUACUAGACAGGUAUUAAUAGAUUACCCUAAACGCUCCAAGCUUCCAGAUAUACCACAAGAAAGUAAGAAAGAUACAUACAAUUGCUUAACCUCUGAACCCAUGAAGGAAGUUAAUGAGUCUGAUGGAAACCCGUUCAUCCAUUCACAUUUACAUGGAAUAAAUAGGAAGGAAAAUGUUGAAACGCUUUCUGACAAAAAUAUCAAAAAUGGGAAUGGAACUCUCAAUGCUUUGAGUAAAAUCUCAGAGGAAGCAUGUAUUGAGGAGUCGAUGGAACAUGAUUAUUUUGUUCUUCAGAAGGACUCGAAGUAAUUCUGUUGACUCUUAAAUAAAUUCAUAAUAUUUUUAUGUUUUCUCAUUGAAAUAUGGACAUCACAAUGCACUUCAAACUUCCGGGAAAGUUAUACUUCGUACGAUAAAAUGAAAGUUACGAUAGUGAUUCGGUGCCGUCAAAGCAUCCAAAAAUGGGAUCAGGUGCUAUGGAGGAGUGAACAUCCCCUGCUUUACAAAAUUCACAAAAUCUCUCAGAUUUUCCUUGAAAACUUCAUGUCCUCUGAAGUUCAAUAUGUUCAAGCAUGUUUACACAUUUAAAUUAUUCAUGUUAUUAUACUCAAAGUGUCAUAUAUUGCCCCCCUUCCCCCAACGUUUGGGAAUCUGUGAAAACCAUUUAGAAACCAAUUUUACCUUGCAUUUUCCACUUAGGGUCUCAUGAAUUGAUAAUUUUUUUUUCACUUUUGUCUUUUACUUAUUAAUUUAUAAAUGAUUGUUUGUGUACUUUACGCCACUUCAAAAAUUCACUUAUAUUGAGACGUCACCACUAGCAAGUGGAAGGCUUUAAAUGGACCUGUACUUUCGGCAUACAGUGUACUGGAUUGAAGAACUGAGGAAAAUUUACGUACCAGCAACUUUUGUGACUUUGAACUUCUGUCAAUACAGUCUCAUUCAAAAGAAACCGUAUAAUGAACGUCUAGUGAACGUUUGAUCGAUGUGUUUCUUUCACGAUUAAAUGACCAGAGUGCCUUGAAGUGAAUGUUUCAUUAUGACCAUUUAUUAACAAUAAAAGUG